AUGGCACCCUCAUCAGAGACUCUACGCAACAUUGCUGACCAGGCCGAGCGUGACCUAAACAGCUACGAGGCCAAGACCGGUGCUAACAGGACCUCUCGUAACGACGAGGCCGGCGUGGACACGAGAGUAGAGAAGAAGUUCCCCGGCGCCGACGUGCGCUACGACACGGACUUAUCCACCAACGCUAGCUACAACAAGCGAAUUCCGCCCGAGGAAGGCGGAGAUGUAGAUUCUCGCGGUCGACAAACCCGCGGGGAGCACUUCGAAGGCGUCGGCGGCCCCGAAGAUAAACUCGCGCGGGAGGCGCGGGACUUCGGCGGUAACAACGAGUUCAACGCAGCCGGUAGCCAGCGCCGGGAAGUCGGGUCGUCGGACGUGACGGAGUCGAGCGGUGGAUCCGGGCGGAGCGACGCGUUCGCCCGGGGCAAGGAGGCCGUGCAGGCGAAUAUCGAGGGUACCAAGUAUAACCCGCGCAAGGACCACGUCAAGGGGUCGAACUACUACACGCCUGAGAGCGUGCCGGGUAGCAUUUCGGCUGAGGGGUACGAGCCCCCGGAGAGCGUGGUUCAGAGCUCGAGGGAGGCGGCGAGGUAUGAGUAG